AACAAAAAUGAAUGUGGUUAUUCAAUAUACUACUACUGUUUUGUAUACAAUUUUUUUCAUACAUCUUUUAUCAGCGCUUCAACGCUGGAGCUGCCCCUGAUAACAAAGAUAACAAAUGUAUCACAGAACAGCCAAAGAAUCAAUUGCUAUAAGAGCAUCAUAACCUACACAGCUGCUUCUAUUAAAAAGCUAACAUGUCGUCCUAAUCACGAAGCCACCACCAUGGGAGACCAAAAUGCCUGCCCAAGGACAAAAACAACACAUACCAUUAAACUCGUCUCAUGAAAAUAGCUGGAGGGCCUGCAUAUAUGAAACAAUUAUGAUGAAGUAUGACGUGGAAACUUAACUUUAGUACAAGGACCUGAGAACAAACUGCAUAUCUAGACAUCAAGGGCAUAAGCACUAAACUGAAAAUGUAAAUGCACGGUAUCGAAUAUAUUCAAAGAAGGAUGAGCAGAUUUAGGGUUUAUUUAAUGACACUGCAGAUGACGGGAAUAUGAGAAUGUCGUAGUACGCCUAUAAAUUCAUCAGCUCUCACAAGUUUUCUACAGAAGAAUCAAGAAACUAUGGCAGAAGAGUGAACCCUUUUAGGACACAGUCAAGUCCAUUUGCUUUGCAAGUUGUUUGGACAUUGAAACUCAAGGGCAUAGAGUAUGAAACCAUAUUUGAGGAACUUUCAAACGAAACUCUUUACUCCUCCAGUAUAAUCUGUGUACGAAAAGGUUCCAAUCCUUGUGCACAAUGGAAAACCAGUCCUGGAAUCUCUUGCAGUUAUUCAAUACAUAGAAGAUACAUGAAAUCAGACUCCUCUAUUUCCUGAUGAUCCUUAGAAGAGACAGGCUUGUUUUGGGGUGAAUUGUGGAAACGAUAAGGUAAAGUCCCGAAUAUUCUUAUUCACGCCUUGAUCAACAUGACCCUGAAUUCAAGAAUAUUCAAAAAACAGUUCAUCAAAAUAUCUAUUUCAUCAGUUUACCUUACCAACUGCACUAAAGUUUUUGAAAAACUUCCAGAUAACAAGUAAUUAAGUUGGCAGGAUGUUGACCUGAGAACUUAGCCACUGUCUUGUUAUGUGUCUACGUUAACAUAUAUCGUCAGGCUUGCUUCCUAGUAUUUUAGUUUUGAGGGGACCACGAUAGACAUCUACCUAUCUGUCCAAAGACACCUAAUGGUCCUUAUCUCUACUCAGAAGAGUCAACAAUUUCAUGGUCCAAUCUAUUAGAUAACUUAUUAGAUAUUAAGUGAUGUAAGACCUUGCGUUAGGACCUGGAAAAGAAAAAGAUCUUUAAUCAUAUCUUCAUUUUUUUCGUUACACUUUUCUACACAAACUUUUGUAUUUUCCGUAUAUAACGAGCAUUAGCAGACUAACAAUGACCAAAAAAAAGUAGAACAUAGAAAGAAUCAAAAGCACUCAUAAAGGUUUGCUGGAAUUACCUUUCUUUUUUUCUUUUUUUCUUUUUAACUUUAUGUUUGAAGUUUGUAACUUUAUGUUUGAAGUUUGUACGUAAUCAAUGAGUCAAUCGGUAGGUGGAAUGUGGGGUUUAAUUUGGAGAAUUUAAACUGAGAUAGGACAAAAUCCCAAAAGAGUGUGCUUAUAAAAGUCCUCAACUACUAACACAAUUGGCCCCAAAAAAAUCACCAUGGCAGAUGAGUUGAAGGUUAUCAGGACAUGGUCAAGUCGAUUUGGGUUAAGAAUCAUCUGGGCAUUGCAACUUAAAGGCCUGGACUACGAAACCAUAUUUGAGGAUCUUUCUCAAAAAAGCCCUCAACUCCUCCAGUAUAAUCCUAUCUACAAAAAGGUCCCAGUUCUUGUGCACAAUGGAAAACCAAUCUCAGAAUCGCUUGUAAUCCUUGAAUACAUUGAGGAUACAUGGAAGCAGAAUCCUUUAUUACCUGAAGAUCCUUAUGAGAGAGCCAUGGCUCGUUUCUGGGCGAAAUUCGUCGAUGAUAAGCUUUUGAAAUCAGUAAACGAUGUGCUUUUCACGAAAGGGAAAGAACAAGAGGAGGGUAUUCCUAAAGUCAUGGAGAACCUGAAAUACAUAGAAGAAGAACUAGAAGGAAAGAAGUUCUUCGGAGGAGCAACAAUCGGCUUCACAGACAUUGCACUUGGUUGGACAGCGAAUUUGCUCGGUGUAAUCGAGGAGGUUGCUGGGAUAAAGUUCAUAGACGCACAGAAAUUUCCACAGAUAUCAGAGUGGAUGCACAACUUUUGCGAUGUUCCAGUGAUCAAAGCAAACUGGCCGCCUCGUGACAAGCUGGUCACCAAGUAUCAAGCAUACGUUGCACCUAAAUGAACCAACUAAAGUUCAUUAACUCAAGAAUGUAAGCAUAAACAACAACCUUCGCGUCUUAAAGCAGUGUUUGUAUUUUGGUGUAUUUUAGUCCAAUAAUGGAGCUCGACUUACUACA